AUGGGCUACUAUAUCGAGGUGGGUGUGGGUCAUCCGAAGAACAUUGAAGUGGCUCAGAAGUGGUGUACCAGAGGUGCUGAGCAUGGCAAUCUUGAUGCUUCAGACCAUCUCAAGGCCUUGUCUCAGCCACCACUGAGAGCCUUGUCUCAUGAGCAGCACAAGAUGCUUACUGACACUACUAUCAUCUGCAAAUGCACACUGGCCAGGCAGCAUUCGGAUGCUCAGCAUGGAGUAGGCAGCCCACGUCCUCAGGUCAGUCCUGCUGCCCAAGGUCCGGAGCUCAUCAACAACCUGCAACACCCAAUGGACCCACAUGCAGGUGUGAGGUCUCUGGCAUCUGCUGGUUUCAUGGCUUCUGGUGGCUACCCAUCUAACCUUCUCCACCACCAUGGCAUGCGAACGGGCUGCAUUCUCUGUUCGCCACCACCACCUUCCCAGCCCCUAAUGCAAUGCACCAAUCAUGCAGAUCUGCUCCAUCCGUCGCCCACUCUGUUGUCUGAUCUUCACAGCUCACAAGAAUGCAGAUACAUGCAAGAGAUGGUGACCCAGUGA